GCUUGCGCUGAUGAGGCAGGCAGAGGAGCGGGGGCGCGCGUUCACGGACACUCUCCUCAAACAAAGAGAAGCACGCGAGGCACCACAGCAUCCCACCAGGCAGGAAACGCUCGAAAAUUCAACUGCCCUCAGACAGAACCGCUCCGAAGCCACCAUGACUACUAACGGCGCCUCCAACGGAACCAGCGACAUGCUUCAGAUCCAGUUCGGCCUCAUCAACUGCGGCAACAAAUACCUGACGGCCGAGACGUUCGGCUUCAAAAUCAACGCCUCGGCGUCGAGCAUGAAGAAGAAGCAGAUUUGGACCCUGGAGCAGAGCGGCGACGACGCCAGCGGCAACGUGUUCCUCCUCAAGUCCCAUCUGGGCCGCUACAUCGCCACCGACAAGGACGGCAACGUGACCGGGGACAGCGAGGCUCCGGGCCCCGAGUGCCGCUUCAUCAUCACCGCGCACGACGACGGCCGCUGGUCCCUGCAGUCCGAACCCUUCGGCCGCUACCUGGGCGGAACCGAGGACCGGAUCAUUUGCUUCGCCCAGACCGCGUCCGUGGCGGAGAAAUGGAGCGUGCACAUCGCCAUGCACCCGCAGGUCAACAUCUUCAGCCUGACGCGCAAACGCUACGCGCACCUGAGCUCCAAGGUGGACGAGAUCGCCAUCGACAGGGACGUCCCGUGGGGCGUGGACUCCACGAUCACGCUGGUGUUCCGAGAGCAGCGCUACCACCUGCAGACCUCCGACAACCGCUUCCUGAGGAACGACGGCGCGCUGGUGGCCGCCACGGACAAGAGCACCGGCUACACGUUGGAGUUUCGCUCCGGCAAGGUGGCGUUCAGGGACUGCGGCGGCAAGUACCUGGCGCCGUCCGGUCCCUCCGGGACCAUGAAGGCCGGCAAGAGCGCGCGCGUGGGCAAGGACGAGCUCUUCCAGCUGGAGCAGAGCCACCCGCAGGUGGUCCUCACUGCGGCCAACGAGAGGAACGUCUCCACCCGCCAAGGUAUGGAUCUCUCAGCCAAUCAGGAUGAGGAAGGUGACCAGGAAGUCUUCCAAGUGGAGAUUUGCCGUGAGAACCGGAAGUGUGCGUUCCGCACAGCCGCUGGGAAAUACUGGACCCUCACUGCCAACGGAGGCCUUCAGUGCACCGCUUCCACUAAGUCAACUAAUUGCUACUUUGACAUCGAGUGGCGUGGGAAGAGGCUGACUCUGCGGGCCGCCAACGGGAAAUACGUUGCCGCCAAGAAAAAUGGCCAGCUAGCAGCCACCAUUGACUCUGCCGGGGAGUCUGAGGAGUUCAUCAUGAAGCUGAUCAACCGCCCCAUCAUCGUGCUGCGCGGCGAGCACGGCUUCAUCGGCUGCAGGAAGGUGACCGGGACCCUGGACUCCAAUCGCUCCUCCUAUGACUACUUCACGCUGGAGUUCAGAGAUGGAGCCUAUAGCCUCCAAGAUUCCACUGGCAAGUACUGGAUGGUCGGGAACGAGCAAGCGGUGGUGAGCAGCAGUGACACGCCCAUCGACUUCCUCUUUGAGUUUUGCGACUACAACAAGCUGGCCGUCCGCCACGUCAGCGACGGCAAGUAUCUCCGCGGCGACCACGCCGGCGUGCUGAAGGCCAACGCGGAUGACCUGGAGACGGCCACGCUGUGGGAGUAUUGAAGGGGUGGGGGACGCAGUCGUCACAACAUGGAACCCUCCCCUCGAAACAUCUACUUAUCCCCCCUCACCCGUCCUCAUAUGACAUCUUGUAUGACUUUAUAUUUUGAACUGCAUAGAGAGAAGAGGAAGGAUAGAAGAGGAGGUUAUUCUGUCUCCGUCCUUCCUUUCCAUCCCUCCCUUUCCCAGCUGCCGACCUAUAUGUUGCCAUAGUUACCACGGGGCUGUGCACUUUUUCCCUUGCUCCCACUCUGGUUCGCUGCUUGUCUCCCUCUCCCUAAUCAUCGCGCACCUCUUCCUCGCCUUAGCACCGACUGGUCUUCUUUCUACUCGUCUCUAUUGUAUAUUGGUGUUCUUCUACUCGAUCCCAAAGAAACAGAUUCUUUAUCUGCUUCCAAGACCUGGGGUCUAGUUUGCUGGCUCGAGUAGAAACAGUCUGGAAGCUUCUAUCAAAACCAGACCAGAUGUGUUUCCCAGGCCUGUUGAUUGAGUGUAAGGCCUUCUCCUUAACAUGAAAAUGUUCGUGUAAACUAGCUUCCUGUGUUGUCCUCUAGCUGUGUUCCUAUUGGUCGGUGGGGAGUCUGAUUGUUUGGGACCAAACAGGAUGUAGGAAGUAAAUGUCUCUCCCUAUUGUCCCCAGAUCAGUUGAAAAAUAAUUAAAAACAAACCCGGGUGCUAUCACUUCAGGCACCUCACCAGAAACAAAAGAAUAACAUUUUGGGCUUGGAGUGAUGUACAUGUCAAAGUCCAAGGCACAGACAUUAUCAUGACUACGUGAAAUAGGGAAACCCAGAAAUUAAUAUUUGAAAGCUGCUUUUUGGAUCAGAUGAGCACAACAUGAGCCUCAUUAUGUAUGUAGACCAAGCCUUGCGAUUGAAACUGGAUUCAACCAUCGCGGCAUCUCGCACAAACCUGAUACAACUGGACUGUGGUGCUACUAACGUAUGUGCUGUUUGCACCAACUAUUUUUUUUCCCUCCAGCCAAACCCAGUGAAGCAUCGCAUCCUUCACGAAGCGCUUGAGAGCCUUGUCGUUAACCAGAUCUGCUGCUGCUUCUCUUGCGUUCUUUUCUGUAUCGACUUUGACCAGUGUCAUAUCUGCCUUUUUAAAUGAGGUGUGACUAGUGUUUGAUUUUUUUUUUUUGGCUUGUCAGUGAAGUUAUAAGGCAGGAGAAGGAAAAAUAGGAUGUGUUCUACUUAAAUGUUCUGUUCUACAGUCAUGUAGCAGUGAAGCCAUGAGUCCUGACUUGUCAGUCUGUUUUCUCCAUUAAGCGCCUCCUUAUUUUAACUCAAUAAUUACUAGUACAAUGAAAUGAAAUGUGAUUGUAGCCAGCUCCUCAUGAAGGUUUAUUUUUAUUUUAUUUUUUUUAAAUGAAGGGUUAAGAAUCUCAAUUAACUAAAUGGUGCACUUAUCCUUAGAGUCUCCAUGGUAACCAAGGCUAAGACAAACUGAUGUGGAAUGGCAACUAUGUGGUAAUGACUGUGCCUUACGCAUAUGUUUUGGGCAGUAGGAAAUUAGAUGGGUUAAAAAAAAAAAAAAAGAUAAAAAUCCACAUCUUUGCUUUGUAUAACUGGAACUUCCUUUUUGUAUUAUUUUUAUAUAAUUUGUUUGAUAUUGUGGAUUCAUCUCUCGUGCCAUUGGUUCACCUGAAAUCCAACAACCAAUAAAACUGGGAUUUGGAACAA